GCAGUAUUUUGCAUAUUCUGAAGUAUGAGAAAUGGGGAUGGGACAAGUUUGAAGAGAACUUCAUGGAUCCAAAAAGAUUAUCAAAUAUAGUUAACCUACAGGUACUGAAUAUUUGGCCAACUUUAUUUCGAAUACAGUGAUUCAUAAAACUAAUAUAUUGUCUAGCGUAAAUUGAUGGAGCAAGGAUGGUUGAUGUUGAAAGAAGGUGGUAUAAUGGUAUACAGUACGUGCUCUUUGUCAAUCUCGCAAAAUGAAGAGAACGUCGCUUGGUUUCUGAAGAAUUUUACAAACGCAAAGCUGGAAAAUAUACCCAAUUUCAAUAUCAAGCCUGCUAAAAUUAAAACACAAAGUAUCGAUAGGAGGCUGCAGAAUGAUAUAGCCACUUACUGCCUACGAUUUGAUCCAAUCCAUAGCCGUACAAGCGGUUUUUUUGUAGCUCGUUUCAAGAAGCUUUAUUAAAUGAUAAAGUAUGCAGUCUUAUUUACAAUUACUUAAUUUUUUUUUUUUUUUUUUUUUUU